AUGACGACCGAAAUUUCUACACGAAGCAGGAUGCACGUUUUCAAAACAGGCAUUUUUUUAGUGCUUGUUGCACAGAUCUCAUUCGGGUCAGUAAUUGUCAAACGUGAAGCUCCAUUGCCAAGCAGCGGAUAUUUACCCCCAUCGACUUCGUAUGGAGUUCCGGAUUUAAGCACAAACUUCAUUAGUCCCCCAAGUUCGAGUUAUAACGCUCCAAGUGCUCAAGCUCCGUCGUCGCAAUACGGCGCUCCAAGUCAAGAUGCGGGACGUGCAUCGAAUGGAAAUGGAUUAGGAGGCGGAUAUCCAUCUGCUCCUUCUUCAUCUUAUGGCGCUCCAUCUCAAGGAGGAAAUGGAUUCUCUUCAGGAGGAUCUGGAUAUCCAUCAGGUCAACCUCAACGCCCAAGCUCUCAAUAUGGAGCUCCUUCCGCAGGCGGAAACGGAAAUGGUUAUUCACAAGGAGGAAAUGGAGGCUAUUCAAGCGGCCCUGCUCAACGCCCAAGUUCUCAAUAUGGACCUCCUUCACAAGGCGGAAAUGGAUUCUCAUCGGGAGGAUCUGGAUAUCCAUCAGGUCAAUCUCAACGCCCAAGCUCUCAAUACGGACCUCCAUCUCAAGGAGGAAACGGAAAUGGAGGAUAUUCUAAUGGCCCAUCGAGACCUUCUGCUCCUUCUUCAUCUUACGGAGCUCCAUCUGUUGGAGGAAAUGGAAACGGAUUUUCUAACGGAGGAUCAAACGGAUAUUCAAGCGGACCUGCUCAACGCCCAAGUUCUCAAUACGGACCUCCUUCUCAAGGAAAUGGAGGCUCAAACGGAUAUUCUAAUGGCGCUUCAAGACCAUCUGCUCCUUCUUCAUCGUACGGAGCUCCAUCUGCCGGAGGAAAUGGAAACGGAUAUUCUAACGGAGGAUCAAACGGAUAUUCAAGCGGUCCUGCUCAACGCCCAAGUUCUCAAUACGGACCUCCUUCUCAAGGAAAUGGAGGCUCAAACGGAUAUUCUAAUGGCGCUUCAAGACCUUCUGCUCCAUCUUCAUCUUACGGAGCUCCAUCUGCCGGCGGAAAUGGAAAUGGAUUUGCUCAACGCCCAAGUUCUCAAUAUGGACCUCCAUCUCAAGGAGGAAAUGGAAACGGAUAUUCAAACGGAGGUCGACCAUCAUCUCCUUCAAGCUCAUACGGAGCUCCUUCUCAAUCUGCUCCAUCUUCAUCGUAUGGAGCUCCAUCUGCUGGCGGAAAUGGAAACGGAUACUCUAACGGAGGAUCAAACGGAUAUUCAAGCGGACCUGCUCAACGCCCAAGCUCUCAAUAUGGCGCUCCAAGCCAAAAUGGCGGAAACGGAGUUCUUCUCAAGUUUUUCCGAUUCUGUUAUUCAAACGGACCUGCUCAACGCCCAAGCUCUCAAUACGGACCUCCCUCACAAGGCGGAAACGGUAACGGAGGAUAUUCAAGCGGAGGUCGUCCAUCAGCUCCCUCAAGUUCAUACGGAGCUCCAUCUGCUGGCGGAAGUAACGGAGGAUACUCAAAUGGCGGAUCAUCUCGCCCAAGCUCUUCAUACGGCGCUCCAUCUCAAGGAUCUUUCUCCUCUCAAGGCUCCUUCUCCGGAAAUGGCGGAAGCUCAUCGUUCGCAAGUCACAGCAGCAGCUCAGGAUUUGGCGGAAAUGGAGGUUCGUCGGGAGGAUAUCCUUCGUCUAAUGGCGGAGGUCGUGCUCCUUCUCAAAGCUAUGGCGUUCCUGAAACCAUCACGCAGAAAUAUGACGCCAACGGAGGAUAUCAAUACUAAAAAUUUUUCGAGAAAGUACAAUCCUGAAACAACUUUUUUUUAAUAUAUAUAUUAAUAUAUAAAGUACGAUGUUAUGAGAUAUUUACA